AUGCCAUCAGGUGUUCAUUUUUCAGUUGAUAUGAAGAAGCUAAUAUUUCGUGUAAUUAAAUUUGUCGAAAAUGAGAAAACAGGUCCAUCAAUUCCUCUUUACAACUGUAAUGCUCGACUGGUGGCUAUGUUGGGUAUUUCAGAAGGUGCUUUAUUAAAAUUGAAGAAAGAAUUGACGGCUGCACAAAAUGCAGAAGAACAAGAGUAUCGGCCACCACGUCUUCGUUCACAAUCAAAAGUGCGACCAGUAUCCAAGCUCAAACGAAGGUCAUCGUCAUUAGGAUUGUCAUCGGCUUCAAUUGUUGUUCCGGAGCCAGAACCAACCAAGAAGAGAUCUGGACGAGUACCUAUAAAGUUAUCGGAACAAGCUGAUAGUGAGAUAAGAUUCCAGUUCCACGCAUUACUGGCUGAAAAUAUUUAUCCAAACACAGAUAAUCUUCUGGAAAGACUUCAUCAAUUACAUAAUGAUUUUCCAGUUCAAUCUAAAACAACACUUCGUCGUCAUCUUCAUCGUAUAGGUUUUUCUUAUAAAUCAACUACUAAGGUAAAGAUUCCACUUGAUAAUAUUUGUUUUGUUGCUCAGAGAGCGAAGUUUUUUCGAAAAAUGGAUGAAUUACGAGAUGCCAACGCGCUUGUUUUUUUUCACGAUGAAAGUUGGAUUAAUUCCGGUACUGAAAAAACAUCUAUAUGGGUGGACAACGAUGGGAAGGGAAGGAUAAAGAAAAACGAAGGGAAAGGUAACUCUUUCAAUUUAAUAUUAGAACUAAAAACCAAAUGUGAUGUCUUAGGGAGUAGAAUCGCAAUAUCAGCAAUGAUGAAUAUCGAUGGAAUUCAUCUACCAACUGUCGAUAUAUUUACUUGCUCCAAAGACCAUUCAGUAAACUCUGAGUAUUUUCUCAAAUGGAUUGAAACAGCAGCAUUUCGUCUUCGCACUGACAACGGUCCACAAAGACGCAUUUGUAUUGUGAUCGACAAUGCACCAUGGCAUUGUGAACUGGUAGAUUCAUGUAAACCUGUAAAAAGAUCCUGGAAAAAAGAUAAGAUAAAGCAGUGGUUAAAUAAUCGUAGUAUUCAUUUCGAUCCAUUAUGGUCAAAAGCAGAGUUGUUGGAAAUUGCAUCAGUCAACCGUCCUAUGAAAAGAUAUAAAGUAAACGAGAUAGCUAUGGAAUUCAAUGUGGAAAUUGUUCGUUUACCUGUCAGACACUGUUGUUUGAAUCCAAUUGAGCUAUGUUGGGCGAAUUUAAAAGAGUAUGUGCGUAAGGGUAACACUCGUUUCCAACUUACCGACGUGCGUGAACUUGCUGCACAGUUUAUUGCCAGUUAUGAUGGUGAUACAGCUACCAAGGUGAUCAAGCGCACUCAAGAAAUUGAAAAUAAAUUCAAAAUUGCUGAUCGACAUAUGGAAGAAAAUAUCGAACCUAUGCUUGAUGAUGAAGAAUCAAGCGAAGAAUCAGAUGUGGAUCAAGUGAUGAUGAAUAGAACAUUAAUUUUUAACACUGAGUUUUCUUUUCAAGUUGAUUAA